CCGCCUCUUGAUUCAGGAUGAAUAAUGACCUUUUCCAUCUUUUUGUUCAUCACCAUCAAGACAAUCACUUAAAGCAUUCAAUGGUGAUAUGGAGUGCUGAUCAUUCUUUCAUUUCAGCAAAGUCGGUCAAGUUUUCCGCAACUCCAACGUUCAAUUAUACACUUUCGGCAAUCUCUGGUCACGAAGCAACGUGAUCAGAUCUACUACGCAACUGACCCGAAACAGAUUGCCUAUCUCAUGCCAGGUGGCAUUGCGCAAUUUUAAACUUAAUCUACAAUGGAAACACUAUCAUCGGUCAUCUCUGCUGAUCGUAAAAAACGAACCAGACCCGUUUCGGCUUGUGAAAAUUGUCGAAGCAAAAAGGUGAAAUGUCAUCUUUUACCUGAUAAACCGGUUUGCAAAGGUUGUGCACAAAGCGGAAAAGAAUGUUUGUUCAGAGUUGAAGAUCUUUCGCCUGCUUUACGUAAAGAAAGGUUUCCCGAUUAUGUGCCUUCAAUGCAAUCUGGAGCAAACAUUCCCAAUCGGAGGAGAAGGAGGAAAUCUAUGGCCCAAUCCACGGAUGCAGAAGAUGAAGAUGAAGAAGAUGGUACGUCAGAAAAGAUGAAAAAGGAUAAUGACGGUCGUCCAAUAAAAUCAAAAGCAGUCUUCCGAUGCUUUGCAAAUCCUACCAAAUUAGCCGCUCCAACUGUAAAGACAAAGGUUGCAUCACAAAGGGCGGAUGUCAAGACCAACGCUGGAUUUGAUCAUCGAUCGGAGAACUCUAGAAAACUUUCUGGGGAACAGAAUGGUUAUCAGCAUCCAACAAGCUUGCAGCACAAUGGCGAGCUAGCUAAUGCAUGGCCUUCACACAUGCAUACAGGCUAUGCUACCGGUCAUUUUCACUCUCAGAAUGGCAGAACAAUGUAUCCUGCAUCUCCUUCAACCCAUUUUGCCAACGGUCAAAAUGCAGCUCAUAGCUCUUUGUCAUUCCAGACGCCGCCUGUUCCUCAAACUCCCUUCGUGCCCCAACAUCAGCAACCUCAUCGUAAUCCUUUCUCUGUCCAUAAUUCUGCCAUUCCGCCUACUCCUUCGGUCUUUUCUGAACGAUCUCUUUCUUCUAGUCGGAUUGAAAAUGCGGCAACAAGCGCAACUCGAGAUUAUGCACAACGUUCGUCAAUGGCAGCUCCUCAGUCUCGUGAUGGCGGCAACGUAUCUGAGUGGCGUUCUGUACCUGCUGCAUCUAUUCAUACGAAUCAACAAGCAAAGACGUUGGCACCUUCACCGAGUCCGUUUGCUUGGUCACCUGGAUAUGUACAUCAAAGUUUGUCCGAACAAAAUGGUACAUCUUCACAGGCUAGAACGACGCAAAUUGAUACAAUUCAAAGGCCUAGAAUAAACUCUAAUGAUGAAAAGGAACAACAACAUUGGCAAACAGAUCACGAAAAUGCACACGCACCUCCUCCCUUGCCACCGCUGCAAUCGGAACAACCCUCGGGUUUCACUCCUCGGAAAAGCCAAUCUGUCUCUUCUCGGGAUGGCUUGCCAAUUUCUUCGUCCGUUGGCAGGAAUGAUUUGGCCGCUGCUAGUCAAUUACAGCUGUUGAGCACAGACGAAAAGGGUUCAGAUAAGAUUAAGAAGCCGAAUGAUGAAAGUAGUACAACGAGCAAAGGCCGCAGUGGAAAAGCGAAUACGGAUGGACAUUCUUCGCGCAUCUCUGCUCAUGGCUCUGCAGGAUCACCACAUAGCAGUACACAUUCAAAACCACCAGCAACGUUCAAAAAGAUCGCUUUGCCAUUCUUUCGUUGGUUCGGUGCUACUGCAAAUACACCGGGUAUACGAAGAAUCAAAGUUGGUGUUUAUCACGAAUCGGAUAUUGACCUAGGAGCCGAGGCAGGAGAUGACGACGAAAUUGGAAGUGAGGUAGAUGGUGAAACCCAACAACAGGAAGAAAAACAGCUCGCGGGAUCAACGCAAGAUCCUUCUGUUUCGGCCAUCACGCAAGCUAAUUUGAGCACGAUCUCUAACUCUGGCGAACCCAAGACGAUGGUUCAGCCAAGUCCAGGAGGUGUGUCGCAUGCAUCCUUGACACAUCCAUCGCCCUCUCUAGCUGCGGGAAAUCAAGGCGCCAGUCAUCAACCAGGUCAACAUCAUUUCGCUGCUGAUCAAUCUGCCCUUUCGACAACUGUACGUGAAUUGUUUGAGACGAAUCGACCUCGAUACCCAAGAAGAGAUAUUCUCAUUCAUUUGGUCAAUUUGUUUACAAAAUAUUUCAAAGCAUCAUGUUUCCCAUGGUUGGAUGCGGCAGAAUUGAUUGCAAGUGCUGAAUCGGGAGAACUUCCGGCCAUUCUUGCCAAUGCGAUCUGUGCAAUGACUGCCAGGUUUAGUGGACAUCAAGAUCUGCAAAGGGUAAAGAAUGCAAGUGAAUCUUUUGCAGAUAUGGCCAAGGUAUUGGUCGUUCCUAUGCUCAGUUGGCCUUCGAUCGAUGUGAUUGAAGCUUUGGUGAUUUUAUCUUACGCUGAAUUCGGUGCGGGUGCUGAUGCCGGUCUUUGGAUGUACGUUGGAAUGGCAUUACGAAUGGCAACCGAUCUAGGACUUCAACAUGAAUUGACCGUUCGUAGUAUGGCAACACAAAAGCAACAAGAUCGUGCAAGGUAUUUGUUCUGGGCCAUCGUCAGUUUGGAUCGUAUCACUUGUUUCGGUACUGGUCGGCCGGUCACUGUUCGGGAUGAUGCAUACGAUUGCGAACUUCCUCCUUUGGAAAAUGAUUCAGCUUCGGAUGGGUUCGUGUUUGGUCACAUCGUACGUACGCUUCUCAAGAGAGGAAGGAUUGGAGAAUUGCUCAACAGACGUGAAGAUGGUCUCACAUUAGAGCAGAGGGGAGCACAACUUCGAGCACUUUGGCUAGAUUUGGCAGAGUACUACGAAACCUUACCGCCUGAAUUACACUUUGGCGUCAAUACGUUUAGGAAGUUGGCCGCUGCUGAUAAGGGUUGUGCAUUUGUGUAUCUGCAUACACUCUUGCAAAGUACCAUCAGUCUGUUGAACAGGCCUUCACUGCUUCGAAGGUUUGAUCGAGAUUUCAGUAUGACUGCACCAUCAAGAUUGGCUUCGAUUGCAAGUCAUGCCGCCGGUACGAUUGUGAGCAUUUUGCGAUUUGCUGAGGAUGCAGGUCAGCACAGAAUUCGAUCGCCAGAGGAAAAUGAAGAUGUGAAUCCAUACAUCGAUUGCAAUCCAUAUUUGGAUCAAUUGAUCUUGCCGGCAGGAAGAGCAUUUUUAUCCGAACGUGAAGCAGCCAAAGAAACGUUGCGUAAUUUGGGACAUCCAGCGCCUAUAUCACGUCCAAUGACGGCAAACGGAGAUCAAUCAUCACGCUCAAAGACGACAGAGGAAACGCAAGAAGGUGUUCAGUCAAAUGAGCUCAUUCAAGGAUUAAAUACCCGCAGACAGUAUGCUCAGACCAACAUUGCUACUUGUCAACAUGUUUUGGAACGUGUAGCAAGAUGGUGGUCAGGAGCAAGUUGGCCUGCACGAGCUUUGAAGCAGGAAUGUGAGGGAGCAUUGGAUGAGUCUAUUGGACCGGAUGGAACGGAUGAAGAAGCACAGCCUGCGCCCAUUCGUGAUGUAGAAAUGGUGUUGCGAUGGGCUCGUGCAAGACGUAAUCGCGCUCAACAUGGCAGUCCCACUCCUUCACGAAGGAAUAGCGUUGCCACACUGGGUCAAUCUGCCGCUGGUGAAGGUCAAGAUCUGCCAAAUCUAGCACAGUUGGACGCUAUGGAGAAUAUGGCACAUAUGGGACACUUUGAUCCAACGUCAGGAUCACCUUUGGGUCUCGGUUUCUCGGGUAGUCUAGGAGCUGCUUCUGAGAUUGAUGUUGAUGCUUUGAUCAAUGCAUGGGCCAAAGAGUUGGGUACGAUUGAAUCCACUGCGGCCGUUCAAGGUGAUUUAUUUGCGAAUAUGAAUAAAUCAGCCAAUCCAAAUUCUUCAGCUUUUGGUUCUGGUAGUGGUACAACCGCUUUUCAAAGUCUUGGUAUUCCAGGCAGAACGGGAUAUACACCCAUUGGCACACCUUCAGCAAUGGCAGGAAGACCUUUAGCACCUUCUCGUCCUACUUCACGUACUCGUCAUAGGAUGGCAUCGGAGAGUAUGCCAGCAAAUGUGCACUUUGGUGGAACAGAGUACAUACAACAUGUUGGUCAAAAUGCCAGCAACCAACAGCCGUACAUUCAACAAGAAAUGACAAGUUGGCCUUACAGUACUCCCGGCUCGAUGGAUAUCAACCUAAGUGCGAUGCAAAUGGAAGAAUUUUUCUACAGUCCACCUGCUCUGAUCGAUGGUCAUGCUUCCGUCACGACGAGUCAACCUAUUCCACUUUCUGACAUUCAUUCACAUGCUCAACAAGGAGAUGUGGGUAAUUCAAUGAUCAUGACACCUCAAAGUUCCACAGGGUAUGGUCACGGAGGCGUUUUAUCUUAUGCGCCAACUGGAGGUAUGCCACCAUCACACGCACAUGAUCCUUCUCAUCAUCAUCAACAGAGUGGGAUGGAACAUCAAAAUUUGGAUAUCCUUCCACCUGCUCUGUUUAACGCAUUCAAUUUUCAUCCAGCACCUUCGCCUUAUAGUGGCGCUCCCUUUCAUCAACGGCCAAGCGAUUCUCAUCAACAACAUACACGCAAGGAAUGAAAUUCAAUGAUCCCGCAAAAAAAAGAAGAAUGCCUGACAUUCAUGUACAUUUAUAAGUGAUACCUUUUGUAAUACAUAUUGAUACGAUACAAAUACAAGUGUGAGAAUGUGUGUGGGAUUAUGAUUUGCUCUUUCCCUUCCACAUUAGUUGACUGAUUUUGGCGCCCGCUUCUUUUCUUCUUAGGUCGCUGAGUCGGUCAAAGGCUGCUUUGGGAGGUGAAGCUGAUGUUGACUCUUGUAUCAGGGAUCU